AUGAACAAAGAAAUGGACUUCAUCGAGAUCGGCGGAGUGCCCGUGAGACAGGCCCAGUCAGUCAAUCCACCGGCAGAAAAGCCACCGACACAUCAGGACAACGAUGGCGAAGACGACGACGAUGAUGAUACCCCUGCUGCAUGGGUGUUGCAAGUUGAAACCGACCCGGUCACCAAUAGACCUUCCUAUUAUUACCUCCUCAGCAACCCGGACAAGGCCGACCAGAAUGUGGCGAUACUCACCAAAGAUUCCUGCUUUAAGCCCGGGAUCUUCACGCACAAUAUAAAGCAGCCCGUGCCCAAAGAUCCAGAGCUAGUUGAGGAGAGAAAGGAACCGGAGAAAGCGCGACGAAAGGCAUCUAAGAAGACAAAUUCCGAGAAAGACUCUGGAAAGUUUCUCCAAAAGCCCUCCAACAGGACACCCACCAGCCCGAAGGUCGGGCCAUGUUUCAUUCAAGCUCGAUGCUCGUUGACGGUGGACAUGAAUCCGGUGACGGCAACCGCUUCAUCCCGGGAUGCUUUGAUUGAAGAGGUAAACGCAUUUGAUCCGAGCAAUUAUGAGUGGGAAGAGCAUUCCGAAUUUUUCACCGAGCGAUGGGGUGAGGUGGCUGAUAAGACAGCGGUCGAGGGGCUGGAGAAUCCGCCUGUGAAAGGGUUUUGGAUGCCAACCCCGGAGUUGGAGCAACUCCCCGGCACUGAGCGCUACAUUCGCAUCAAGCGGGAUGACAUCGGACUUAUGCGCGAUACCAGUGGAUCCAACACGACCGAUACCUACGAUCAGAUCUACAUCUCCAAGAGGCUCGUCGAGGAAUGGAUGGAGAAUCAGAAAGUGGUGGGAAAGUUCGCUAUGCCGACGACGGCUAACCCGCUCCGAUUCUGGGUCCGCAACGCCACGGGACGCCCGCUAUACUUCGUCCUUAGUAGAGAGGACGGUGCGAACGCGAACCUGUGGAAACAGCGCUACGCGAGGGCCAUCAGUAGCCCCGGCGGCGGGCAUGGACGCAGCCUGAAUGUCAACAUUCCCGUCUACAUUAAGCCGAUCUCCGGGCAAUAUAAAACGCUCGUGCAAGACGCCGUAAACUAUGCGAAUCAGAAGAUGGUGACCUCUAAGAGCGCGACAAGAAAGCAGGAGGAGGGGAAGGCCGUGCUCAUGACCGCUGAGCAUGAGGGCCUACGAUACGUUCAGAUUGGGAUCUCUCCCUUCGGCCACUAUACGACAUGGAUUACUGCCAGCGACGGGGCCAAGUGGCAAGAGAAGCGGCCUGCGCAUCCCGACAACAUCUCAGCAGACCGCAUAGCGUCUCUACAAUCGAGUGUCGAAACCAAGGACGGGAGAGCAAAGAAACUCAAAGCUGCCAGGGCGACCAAUCCUUCAUACACGGUCACGGUCAGUGCACAGAGGAUCAUGGCGGCCAAGGGCGUGCGAGACAGCGGGCCGGACCAGGGCACAGUCAUGGGCAUCAGUGCCCCUACCGUUGCCGCCUCCUGUAUGAGUUGGGAGAAUGAAGACCAUAUUGAUGCAAGCUGGCCGGAUUCAGCUCCGUGGAUGGCCGAGUGGCUCCACCGGUGUGCGUACUCCUGGGGGGCGUACGGCCGAGUGCCAGCGGACUCCCAGUCCCCACAGAACCUCAUCUUUGGAACCUAUGAAUGCAAUUCACUCAUGACGCGAUAUGAACAUGCCUGGCAGAAGCUCGUGAUCAUGCUGGAGACGUCGAUUACGCAACCGACCCAUCACACCCAGCUGAAAAAUCAGAUCUUUUGGAACGCGGAGGACGACAAGGAGGUGCAAUGGCCGUCGCAGUGGCAGGGGGCCCGCUGGCUGUGUAGGCGACUGGAAUAUACCCUGAAGCUCAACAUCCCAAACCCUGAUCUGCCCCCAAGUAUCACUGUCAACUUCUAUCCGCUGCGGAGGUCCUUCUUUACUCGCGUGGAGGCAAAGAUAGAUACCUACAUCAUGGGAUGGAUAGGUGAAAAGCUCAAGGUGGAGGUGAAAGAUUCAAAGUGGAUCACGGUCAUUCCAACUCUGCCUCAAGAGGUCAAGAAGACACCCCUAAAGGAACCUGGGCCUCAGCCGACAAAGUUUGCUACAGCUGAUGGGACGGCGAUAGGGACGAUGGGCCAUUCCUUGUUUGACCAACCGUCCCUAGGCCAGUCACUCCAGGAUGUGGAUGAGGCAGAGGGCCUUCAUGUCGCUCAGGGUCAGAACUUCCUAACCGCGAAACAAGCCUCUCUACCCCAGUCAACAAUGUCUAUAGGCAGAGCAAAAGAGUGUGUUACUGCCCCCGGAAAUGGCGCCACUGUUGCCCACCGGAAAGUCUCUCCACCCAGACCAACUGUCUUGACCAUGGAUGAGUUCAUUUUCAAGGAAACAACCAAUCUCUUCGGUCGCAUCUCAGUGGAUGUGUACGCCCUGGAAUCUGACACCAUGUCCUAUCUGGCCAUCCGAGUCCCCCACCUGAACAACUUCCUCGGCCUGAUCCCAUCCCUUGCCGGCUCGUCCUUUGAAGCAAUCCAGCUCGAGGACACAACCUUGAGCUACCGUGCUGUCAAGAAUCAGAGCCCCAGUGUGACCGCCGAGCUGGCCGUAACGACCACCGUGCUCAUGGCUGGCGUGCUCAGUCCCAUCAACACCUUUCUGCGCGACGUUCUCCACCAGAACCGGCCUCGCCUGGUGGUUUCCGGCAUGCUCAGCAGCCACCCUGACUGUCUGCGGCAAGUGCCGGAGCCCCUCGGGCUUAAGCUUCGAGCGGAGUUGCCCGAUGUCUCAGUAUGUCUGUUUAACGUGCUGACCAUCACGCAUCUUGGAAUCGAUUUGAUGGGCACGCGCCGAAGUGCACAAGGGGACUAUGAUUUUAGCUACGGCUUCUUCGGGGUUGGGUGUGUUUCGUCGGAUGUCAAUGUCUCAUGGUAUAUCCACAAGUAUCACGACCUGUACAACAUUACCAUUCUGGUCGAGUCGUCUUGGGAGGUGCUCCCCAAUCUGUCCUUGGAAUCCGUGGAGCUGGGGGCCUCGUGGGAAGGGACCGACCUCUCCUCAGUGAGCCUGAGUCUGACGGGCUCCUUCGGCCUGCGUGAGGGCACUGUCGUGCUUGCCGGGAGAUAUAGUAGAGACGAUGUGGAAUUGUGUGGAACACUGCAGGACUGUAGCCUGGACACUCUCCAGCAGCUGUGCGAGGACGUGUUCCACACCGCUAUCCAAACCCAGACCACCCACGAGGUCUAUUUCUCAGAUAUGUCACUGGUUGUCUCGACCAAAGAGGGCUUUUCAAUGACGGGGACUGUCACUGUCGACGGUCAUCUGUCGUCUGUCGCUCUUAUUCAUCUGGGCCCUAAAGGGGUCAGGAUUACGGGGGCGAUCGACAAUCUCGAUAUCCCAGAUAUGCCGACUAUCCAUUCGGCCAGCCUGGACCUGUCCAUCACCCAGAGGGACUUCAAGGUCCGGUUCACCGGCAUGGUCACCGUCCAGGAACAGCAACAUUUUACCGUCAGCGUCCUCCUUGCCCGAUCCCCUCGGGGACUGGAAUACACAGUUCAUGGAGGCUUUAAGGGUAGUUUCUACCUUCGCAAUGCCAUUCCAAGGGUUGAAGGAACAUUCCUAGACGUACAACUGACCCAACUGGCCAUCUGUGCCAGCAAUAUCGAUAGCCCUGAGCUCAGGAUUCCAGAUCUUCCAUAUCAGAUCAAGAAAGGCUUUCAAAUCUAUGGCCAGACAAGAAUGCACACGGAGCUUCUCCGGCUCCCGGCCGCGAUCACGGUCUGUGCCGCCUAUGGAGCAACUGACUGGCUCAUCACCGGCUCUUAUGCAGGACGUGUUUCCCUCCUCGAGACCGUCUCGGGACUGUCAACAGCGCUCAAGGAAUGUGGCUUGACGACCAUCAGCAAAGCAAUCGACAUCUCCGUCUGGGAGUUGACUAUCUCUCUAGCCCGGAAUCAAAAGACAAACGCUGCGUCUGUGUUCUUCACGGCCGACACCGACUGGCUCAUCUUCAAGCAUAUUCGCCUCGCCGCGUCCACCAAUAGUUUCACCCUCGGGCUCGUCUGCCAGGACGACAUCCUGUCGCUGACUCCGCUAAAGGACAGUCUCGCCCCGUAUCUCAAGCUGACCAACACCCAAGCGGUCGUGUUUCUCGGGGCCAUCGAUCCCGCCGCAUUUCCCCCCUUGCAGUCUCUCGCAAGCCCGCACUUGGCCCAGCGCCGCAAUGGGUUCGCUGUCAGCUCCACUAUCCGGCUCGAUACCUCGGCGUUACGACUAAUCAAAGACCUGCUGCAGGUGGAGGAGCUCACCGUUGCUGGCAUGAUGUCCGACACGGAGUUCAUGCUUGCCGUGGGGUUGAAGGCGGUCCACCUCUUCCACGACAGCAUCAUCAUGAAUGGCUCCUUCGUCGUCGAGUCCCGCCCCGGGGCCGGGUUGUUCAUCGGCUUCCAGGCGCAUUUCUCGCUCUUCUUUCCCUCGGUGAGCAAGUCUGCGGUACGAGUGGAAGCCGCCAUGGGGCUUAACCUCGACAAUUACGGGAUGCAGCUGCGACUGGCGGUGCCCAGCACUUUGCCCGACUUAUUUGGUAUCGAGGGACUGGAAAUGGCCAGCAUUGCAGUCGAGGCGACGUUCAAUCCGGCGCAGGGGCCGGUGCCCACACAAAUCGGCUUCAGCGGGGCGUUUCGACUCGCUUCCGUUAAUGAUCUCCGAAGCAGUGCCAACAUCCGCUUCUCCGAAGGCAACCCUGCCAAUUCCUAUCUCAAGGGCUCCAUUGACCGACUCAAUGUCCCUCAAUUGAUGCAUGCCUUCGCAAGGGGCAUUUCAAGACCCGCGGUGGUGGACAGUCUCGUCUCCAACGAUGGCCUCGACCUGCGCCGCAUUGCCGUCGAGAUCGUGCCGCGCGAUAUGGUGGGUGUCGAUGGCUCGCCGCUCAAACAGCGAAUCUACUUCGAAGCCGACAUGAGUCUGAACGUCUCGGAACACGCCAUCUGGUCGGCGUACGCAUUCAUCGACAUCUCCCCGUCCUCGUUCUACAUCCUUGCCCUGAUGUCGCCGGUCAUCCUCUGCCCGGACGUCCCGGCGUUGUUCCGCAUCACGCGCAACAAUAUCGGGUACAGCGAGAAAGCCGCGAACCCCGUCAUCCCGACCCCGACCCAGGGCCACAUUGAUCCCGCGAUGCUGACCGACGGGCCCAUCAUGGUGAUUGCGACCGACAGCCAGAUCGACCCCCCGGCCUUCAUCUCCGGCGAUUUGGAGGUCUUCGGCAUCCGCCGGGCGAUCUACACCAGGGUCGACCGCGACGGCUUCACCGUCCACCUGAAUCAGCAGACGGCUCCAGGCCCCGUGGGCUAUCGCUUCAACCUCCGCGCCGAGUGCGCGUUUAACUCCUCCCUCACUCUCGAUCUGCACAUCGACCUGAACGUCUUUCCCACCCCUGUUAGCGCGGUCAUCCACGACCAGCUCAUCGACGUCCACCUCGGGCAGGGCCAGAUCCAUCUCAAUCUGGCCACCUCGUGGACGCCCCAGGACCCCUACUUUGCCGGCGACCUGGAGGCCACCGCGCGUGUGCUGGGCGUAGAGGUGAAGCUGCACCCCUUCCGGGUGCGGCUGUCCGCCCACGAACUGAGCAGCCUCGAGGAGAUCGCCCGCUUCGUGGUGUAUCAGUUCCAACGCCGCGGGCUGGCGCUCUUCCAGGAGGCGCUGGGCAACAAGACGCUCGAGGCAGUCAUGAAUUUCGUCCGCGAGGUGUUUGGGAAGCUCGUCGCGGACGAUUCGGUGUUUAUCCGGGCGGUCACCCAAAUCGCCGGCCGAUUCAAUGAAAGCCAGGUGAUGAAGGCCCUUCUAAACGUCCGCCGGGGCACCCGCGAGGAUGCCAUCGCCAUGGUCAAACAGUUGGGGUUGCCGGAGAGCGAGGCGGCGCUGCUGCUGGGCCAGGUGCUGUCGACGGCGGAAGAUCUCGCGCAAAAUGUUCUCGUGGCGUUGCUCAGGGAUUAA